CGCAUGUCUCGAGUUUCCCUGCAAGGGGGAUUUGGAGGCAACGAAUUUUUGUUUGCUUUUGAAAAGGAGCGAUUGAUUGUUCAGGGAUAUUCUUGGUGCAUGUCUUGGCGUGUUCCCCACGCGAUCACUUUGUUGUUGCCUUUGCAGGGCAGUUUGUGAAGGAUAUUCCUGCUGGGAGUGGGCUUUUUUGUUUCAUAUAAGCAGGUAUUUUUUUGGGGGAAGCUUGUCCAGUGUGUAUUUGUGUGCUACUUUCUCCCUCCACCCUCUCUUUGUCCCUUUUUCCGUUUUGGUUCUAUGGCGACGCAGAUCGAUACUAUUUAUGGGCUUUCAGAAGAUGAAGAAGAAUCCCGUGUUCUCAGAGUCAAGGUUAUUUCAGGCAUUGAUCUGGCUAAAAAAGACAUCUUUGGAGCCAGUGACCCUUACGUGAAAUUGUCCUUGUAUGUAGCUGAUGAGAACCGAGAACUUGCUUUGAUUCAGACUAAAACUAUCAAAAAGACUUUAAAUCCAAAAUGGAAUGAAGAAUUUCUUUUUCGGGUCAAUCCCCAGAAUCAUAGGCUGCUGUUUGAAGUGUUUGAUGAAAACCGACUGACAAGAGAUGAUUUCCUGGGGCAAGUUGAUGUACCUCUUAACCACUUACCGGCAGAAGAUCCUGCCUUGGAGAGGCCAUAUACUUUUAAGGACUUUCUGCUCAGGCCAAGGAGUCAUAAAUCCCGAGUUAAAGGAUUUCUGCGAUUGAAGAUGGCCUACUUGCCAAGGAAUGGUGGACCAGAAGAGACACCCGAACAGAGAGAAGAAUCUGAGCGUGCCUGGGAUAUGGUUGACCCCAAUGAUUCAGGUACACAACGCGAGCAACCGCUACCACCACUGCCGCCUGGCUGGGAAGAGAAGACUGACAACUUGGGUCGGACAUACUAUGUGAAUCACAAUAACAGAACUACACAGUGGCAGCGACCAAGUUUAGUAGAUGUGGAAAAUGAGUCCGAUACCAACAUUCGGCAGAUCCACCAAGAAGCUCACCGAGUGUUUCGAUCUCGUCGACAUAUUAGUGAAGAUUUGGAAACUACAGAAAAUCGGGAUAGUGGUGAUCCAUGGGAACCCAUCUCUGAAGAAUUGAUUCUUGAUAAUGAUCAAAUCUUCCAAUCUUUGCCACCUUCUACCACUCCACCAAGUGCAACCGACAGCAGUCCUCCAGAUCUUUCCGAUGAGCUCAAUAGAAGAUUGCAAGUUGCUGCGGAGUCAAAUGGGGAACAAAUUGGUCCACCUACUGGUGAAUCUCUUGCGAGGCUACGUUCCUGUAGUGUAACAGAUGGUGUUGGAGAACAUGCUCAAGCAUCAAUGCAGGCUGCCCAAACGCGACGACCUCGUUCUUCAACUGUUACUGGCAGUGAACAACCAAAUGAACUGACGUCACCGGCAGCCUAUAUACUCACAACACCUGGCUUGCCACCAGGAUGGGAAGAGCGGAAAGACACAAAGGGACGCUCCUAUUAUGUAAACCAUAACAACAGAACUACUACUUGGACUCGUCCAAUUGUGCAGCAUGCAGACGAUGGUGCACCAGGUCCAACUGCCAGCAACAGCCUUUUAAGCGAGCCUCAGAUAAGGCGGCCUCGCAGUCUCAGCUCACCCACAGUAACCUUAUCAACUCCACUGGAGGGCGCAAAAGAUCCACCUCUGCGCAGAGCUGUAAAAGACACUUUAUCGACUCCUCAGUCACCACAGCUUUCGCCUUAUAAUUCACCAAAAUCACAGCAUAAGGCUGUGCAUAGUUUCCUACCUCCUGGCUGGGAAAUGCGCAUAGCUCCAAAUGGCCGACCUUUCUUCAUUGAUCACAAUAGUAGAACAACAACAUGGGAGGAUCCACGGCUGAAAUAUCCAGUUCACUUAAGAGCAAAGACUUCUUUGGAUCCAAAUGACCUUGGACCUCUUCCGCCUGGCUGGGAGGAAAGGAUCCACUUGGAUGGAAGGUCAUUCUUCAUCGAUCACAAUACCAAAAUUACACAAUGGGAGGAUCCUAGACUACAGAAUCCAGCCAUUACUGGUCCGGCUGUGCCAUAUUCCAGGGAAUUCAAACAGAAGUACGACUACUUCCGGAAGAAGCUAAAGAAGCCUGCUGACAUACCCAAUAGAUUUGAAAUGAAGCUACAUAGAGGUAACAUUCUGGAGGAGUCUUACCGACGUAUUAUGUCAUUAAAACGACCAGACGUACUAAAAGCCAGACUUUGGAUCGAAUUUGAGUCGGAGAAAGGACUUGAUUACGGAGGUGUCGCAAGAGAGUGGUUCUUCCUUUUGUCUAAAGAAAUGUUCAAUCCUUACUAUGGGCUUUUUGAAUAUUCAGCCACGGAUAACUACACACUUCAGAUCAACCCGAAUUCUGGCUUGUGCAAUGAAGACCAUCUUUCUUACUUCAAGUUUAUUGGGCGUGUGGCUGGAAUGGCCGUGCACCAUGGAAAGCUACUGGAUGGCUUCUUUAUAAGACCAUUUUACAAGAUGAUGUUAGGAAAACCCAUUACGCUGAAAGAUAUGGAAUCAGUGGAUGGCGAAUAUUUCAAUUCUUUGAAAUGGAUUCUUGAAAAUGACCCAACUGAGCUCGACCUCCGGUUUUGUAUAGACGAAGAAAAUUUUGGGCAGACCUAUCAAGUGGAUCUGAAACCCAAUGGUUCAGACAUGGUGGUUACUAAUGAGAACAAAAGAGAAUAUAUUGAUUUAGUCAUCCAGUGGAGAUUUGUAAAUCGGGUGCAGAAACAGAUGAAUGCCUUCAUGGAGGGCUUCACGGAACUCAUCCCAAUCGACUUGAUUAAAAUAUUUGAUGAAAAUGAACUUGAGUUGCUAAUGUGUGGUCUUGGAGAUGUGGAUGUCAAUGACUGGCGGCAACACACUGUUUAUAAGAACAACUACUGCACAAACCACCCAGUCAUUCAAUGGUUCUGGAAGGCUGUGUUACUGAUGGAUGCUGAGAAACGUAUCCGACUACUACAGUUUGUUACUGGAACUUCAAGAGUGCCUAUGAAUGGGUUUGCUGAAUUGUAUGGUUCCAAUGGUCCUCAGCUGUUUACAAUAGAGCAGUGGGGAACGCCAGACAAAUUACCAAGGGCUCACACAUGCUUUAACCGCCUUGAUUUGCCACCUUAUGAAUCUUUUGAAGAUUUACGAGAAAAACUUCUAAUGGCAGUGGAAAAUGCUGAAGGAUUUGAAGGAGUAGAUUAAUUGACUGCAGUUGUGGUCAACAGAAUGCUGCUUAUAAUUUUUUUAGAGAUAGGAACACUUUACCAGUGGUAUCAAUAUAAUUGCACAGUGACAUUGGUACAUGGAACAAAUUCUUCUAUGUUAAUUCCUAUUUCAAGUUUCUGGAAGGCUGAAAAAUUCAAAACUGACUCUCCAGCCAACAAUAAUAAAAGAAGGAAAGUGGAUAAUGUAUGGAUGAAAAGUGCAUUUCAAUAGAAUUUAACUGUGUAUUAAAAUUGUUCUUUAAAGAAUCCAACAUUUUACCAACUUUGUAAUGAAAGUGAAUCGGAACUAUCACUUUCACAGGUAUAGUAUUAUCACUUUGUUUACUCAAUGGAUUGCAAACUAACCAGUUAUAUACAGAUCCCUCUAAUUAACUCAGUUAAAAGGCACAAUCUGUUAAGCGAUUAAAUAUUUAAUUCACAUUUUUCUCUCAAA